UACAUCUAAAAUUAUAUUUCAUUGCAUUCUAAAAGAAUUUAUGCAAUAAAUUAAAACGCUACGUUUAGCGACAGGGUUUCAUUAUUGAAUUAAAGUAGAAAUGUAAGAUCGAAAUCUUGUCGAUCGACUAGUCACGUCUGAUUUACACGGCGUUCCCUCAGCGCUGACAGAAAGGCACGCGCACGCGCUGACCUCCGGUGUGGUGUGUAUUAAAUACAGUGGUCAUGUUGCGCGGUGUGGUGUUGAUUCUUGCGCGAGCCGGAAAUGCAGUAAAGGUCAGGAACACUCAGACGUGUCUCUGUAACGCCACAUAUUUCACUCAAAUCCCUUCGAGAAAGUUCGCGGAUGCCCCGAGCCCAGCCUCUGAGGAAGAUGAGGUCCGGUUCGGGGAUUAUCCUAGAACUUUCUCCUCCAGGAUGAGUUUCCGGAAGUCGUCCGCGGAGCUGCAGGACACCGAAGUGGAGCAGGACGAACCGGACCCGAACUUCCGGCCCAGAACCAAGCUCCGGAGGAGGAACACACCGUACUGGUAUUUACUGCAGUGCAAAAAGCUGCUGAAGAAAGAUAAAUUAGCCGAGGCGUUAUCUCUGUUUGAGGUGGAGAUGUUGAGAGAGGAGCGAUUGCAGCCGGAGGAGUAUAACUACACUGUGCUGAUUGGGGGAUGUGGACGAGCGGGUUAUAUUAAAAAAGCCUUUAAACUUUACAAUGAUAUGAAAAAGCGAGGUUUGGAGCCCUCGGCGGCGGCGUACACGGCUCUGUUUAACGCCUGCGCUGAGUCUCCGUGGAAACAGUCGGCUCUGGAGCAGGCGCUGAAGCUGCGUCAGGAACUGCGCAGGAAGAACAUCCCUCUCAACGCCAUUACCCAUCAUGCACUGCUCAAAACACUGGCACGGGCCGGAGACCUGAGGGCUUGUUUUCAAGUGCUGCGGGAGAUGCUUCAAAGUGGACAGGCCAUCACACAGGAGACAUUUCAGUAUUUAUUGAUGUGCUGCGUGGAGGAUAAAGAGCAGGGCUUCAGACUGGUGCUACAGGUGUGGCACCAGAUGCUCAGCGCUGGUAUAAAACCAGACGGUCAGAACUAUAACAUUGUCCUUCGUGCAGCGAGGGAUUGUGGGAUCGGUGAUCCUGCCUUGGCUUCCAAAUUACUCCUGAGGGGGCAGGAGGAGUCACAGCUCACAGCUCAGGGAAAAGGUCAGAGGUCAAGGCUGAGGGAGGGGACGUGUGACCCUGAGCCGUUAGACGUGGAUGCGUUUGAGAGACUCGUUCUGACCGACACGGCGUCUGAUCUCGCGCAGUCGACUCUCCGCUCGGACUCGACACAAACUCAGCUGAUUCCCGUCUCCUCGUCGUCACGUCUCUCACCGGCGUUAAAAUUGGCACCGUCCGUCCCGAACCUGCUGGACCCGAGCACCUGUCACUCGGACGUGGUCGCCUUGGCGACAGCAAGCACAGCGUCGGACAGGCUGGCGCUGAUCGGAGACCUCGACGGCUUUCUGAACAAAAUGUCCGGCGAUGGAUUGAAGCCCAGCAUCAAGACUCUCACGCUGCUGGCCGACGUGACGCAGCCCGGCAGCCAAUCGGUGCGCAGCUUGAUGGACGCGGCCAAUCGGAGCGGAGUGAGGCUGGACGUGGGUUUCUUCAACACGCUCAUCAGGAGAGCUGCAAAAUCCGGAGACGUGGACGGAGCCAAGGCCCUGAAGACACUCAUGCUGGAGAGGAAGCUGCAUCCAAACCCUCAGACUUUCUGCAGCCUGGCUCUGGCCUGUCGCUCACCGAAGGACGGACUCCAGCUCCUGACUGACAUGCAGGCGUGUGGUGUGGGAGUGAACGCUCACGUGUUCAGCGCUCUGAUUGGUCAGGCCAUGCGGCGUCUGGACUAUGUCUGGCUGCACGAGCUGCUGCAGCAAAUGCACCAGUUGCAGGUUUCACCCAAUGAUGUCAUCAUCAAGCAGCUGGAGUUCGCGACGCAGUACCCGCCCACCUACGACCAGUACAAGACGAAGAACACGUACCUGGAAAAGAUCAACGGUUUCCGUGGUUUCUAUAAGCAGUGGCUGGAGUUCAUGCCUGCGCAGGAGACGCCGCACCCGUGGGAGAAAUACCACCACCCUGAGACGGAGCUUCGGCAGGACGGGGUGGAGUCGGGUCGGGGGGAGAGGGAACGUCUGAGCUGAUUCGCUGACCGGAGUAACAAUAAAAGUCUUCACAACAUAUGAUUCAGCUGCUGUGGGAUGAUUAUGUAGAUUUGGGGUGUGUGUGUGAGAGAGUGAGAGAGAUCUUUAUGUACAGUAAUUUGUCUGAUAUGAAAGUUUGCUUCAUGAUUUUUUACUCCUGGCCGUUGGUGUUCCGUUUCUCUGUGAGUUUACGUAGAAUGGAAGUGAAAAAUUAAAAGUGGUCAGAUGCAGAUGGGAAGGGUUUGUUGAUGCGACAGGGUCAGAGGAGAGGAACUGGACUGGUUUGAGCUCACAGGAUGAGUGUUGGAACUCUUGACAAAGCAUGCUGAGCAGAAAAGCAUCUCGGAACAUCUGGAACCUCGAAGAGGACAAACUUACAACAGCAGAACACAGCGGGUUCUGGUCCGGUCAGUCAAGAACUGGACACUGGGGUCAUACUGAGCAACAAAACUGCAACAGUUAACCUAAUGUACAGAUAAAAUGCAUCUUAUCAAUAAAGACAAUAAAAUAAGAAAAAGUACAAU